ACAAUUUCCCAGCACCUUCUCCUCUAUCUCUCCCGCUUAUAAAACCAACCAAACAUAUCUCCUUUCUCACUCCAUAACCAAAACAGGAAAAGCAAAAAAGGAAAAGAGAGAGAAGAAAAUAACAGAGGAGAAAACCUCCACCCCAUAUCUGAAAUGGAAGUGGCAAUUCCAGUACCAGCCACAGAUUUCCAUUUCGACAGCACCUGCUCUUCUCCCUACAUCAGUGCUCCCUCCUCUCCCAAAGCCUUCUCCUCUGUCUACUCCUAUUACAGCGCUCCCACCAGUCCCACUAGAUCCUCUACAAUUUACAGCGCUUUCGACGAUUGGGAAGAAAAAGCACCCACACCCGAAUCAAUCCAAAACACCCACAUGGAAGCUGAGGAUGACGAUGAAGACUAUGAUUUCGCCUUCGAUUUCAGCGGCCAGUUGGAGAAAGCCCCACUUACUGCCGCCGAAGAGCUCUUCGACCAAGGAAAGAUCAGACCUUUGAGACCUCCACCCAAAUUGCAGAACGAAGAAGCCCCAAAGAAGCCUGUUUUGUCGUCGGUGAAGAGCUUCUGCGACGCCCUAUCGCCGAAACAGAGGAAAAAUACAAACCCAUUUGCAACUGCAGCUGGAAAACCCCAGAAGGGGUUGGAAAGAGAGCGAGGGAGGGAAAGGGUCGCCGCUCCCAAUCUUUCGAGCUCCAGCCGAAGAGCAGCGAGAUCUCACUCCCCGUUUCGGGUUUCAGACCCGAAACCCGAACCAUCUUCUUUGAAGGGCGGUAGCAAGAAAUGGAGAUUGAAGGAUUUUCUGCUGUUCCGGAGCGCGUCGGAGGGAAGGGCGACAGACAAGGACCCGCUGAGGAAAUACGGAGUCUUGCCGAAGAAAGAGGAUGUGAAGAACUCGAGCUUCCGGUCGACCGACAGCAGCGGUUCGGGUGCCGGUUCAAGGAGGGGGCCGGUCUCGGCUCACGAACGGCAUUACACGGCGAAACGAGCUGUUUCGGAGGAAAUGAGGAGGAAAACGUUCUUACCGUACAGGCAGGGGCUGUUGGGUUGCUUGGGAUUCAAUCCAACGUUUCAUGGGCUUGCUAAGGGGUUUCAAUCGGUUACAGGUGUAUGACUAUUAUUGCGCCACGUGUAUGAUUUGGGAUGUUUUUGUUCGUUGUAGAAAAUGUCUUCCUGUGCUUGUUUUUUCAUUGUAAGUGUGAAGAAACCACAAGGGAAGAGAAGCAUAUUCAUUUAAUUUUCGUUUUGUAAUGACAUGAAUAUAAUGUUAUUUAUUUAUUUAUUU